GAUUUAUUCGGCGGACAGAGCGCGCGACGUAGCCACGCAUUGCGUUUAAUUUUAGAUUGCCGCCCGAUUUCGCGAGACGUGAAAUGACAAUUUUCUGGGCGUCGUCGUACACGCGUGUGUUGGUGGUCACAUAAAUAGUGUUGUGCCCUAUGCGGUGACGGACACGGCGAGGGGUGCGGCGCCAUGGGGAACUCCUGCAGUUCGGGACAGGCUCAUAAGGAUAAGGACAAUUUGUCACAACACUCCGAAGAGUACACGUUGCCAUCUGACGAAGCUAAAAGGUCAAACUGUUGCGCACGCAGGUCCCCCUCGUACCGGGUGACGAAGCCGUCGGUGGACGCCAGUGCUGAGCAGCAGACGCUGGCCGACUCGAGGCUGCUGGAACCCACGCCCUCCAUCCGGGACAAGAAGCCUCCCCUUAAAGGCCCUAGGCCUGUGGGGUCCAGCGUUUCUGAUUCCAUCUCCCUGUCGUCGCCAGUGGCCUGCGCUUCACCUCGCGAAGAUGUCGAAGGUCCACCAGUGCCGGCAAGCGUGGCCGCCCUACCCGAGGAGCACAGAUCAUAUCUGCUCGGGAGGCUGUCCAACCACAGGGCUAGGAGACGGAAAGCCAUGCUUAUAUACGUAUGCGCUGCUGAUUCUCAAGACUGCUGCGCAGAGAAGGGUGCUCUUCAAUGCGGGGCGGCGGCGCGGCUGAGGGUGCGCGCUCGUAAGCGCGGGUGGCGGAUCCACGUGGCUGACCUUCACUGGAGGUCGCCCUUGGAACAGCAGAGAGAUCACCGGUUCCCCGUACUUUGUAUAGCUGAGCUCGCGCGUCAAUCUGAACUGGGAGCUGUAGUGCCGGUGCUAUUCCUGAACUCCGGGCUGGGCACCCCGCUCCUACCCCACACCCUGGAGUGUGCAGACUUCAAGGCGGCCCUGGAAGCCGCUGAGGACGACAGUGACAAAGCUUUGUUGAACAAAUGGUAUAGUCUAGAUUCUAGCACUACGCCACCUUGUUAUCGGUUAGUACGCGGCGCGCCCGCUAGAUGGCGGCGGGAGAUGGCGAAGGCGCUCAAUGUCCUGGUCCGCACUCUACCUCAGGAGGCUUGCGACGCUUACCUCACUACUGUCGUCGAACAGGAGGUGCAGCACACGGUGCUGAUGAGCGUGGAGGCGGCGCGGCGCUGCGUGUGGGUGUGCCGCGCGGGUGCGCCGGCGCAGGAGUCCGCCGACGACGCCGCGCACCACCACGAGCUGGCGCGCCGGCUCAACAACCUGCAGAAGGACCUCAAGCUGCACCUGAGCGAGCGCAAUAUAAUCCGCGCGAGCGUGCGCGGGCGCUCGGCGCCGGGCGGCGAGGACGAGUACACGGCCGGCGUGCGCGGCGCGCUCGGCGAGCGGCUCGACGCGCUGCUCGACGCGCUCGUCGCCGAGAACGACGCGCCUGCCGGAUACAACGGCAUUCCUACUAGCUUAUUCGAUGAGAUCAGUGAACAUCUGUCGUUCUGUCAGAAGGCAGCGCAGUGCACCUCCAACAGAGAAAUCACACUGAAUGAGCUCAAAACGUACGUGACUGGAGACAGUAACGUUCCCCUCGCCCUGAUUGGCGGAGCGGGCUGCGGCAAAGCGACGUUAGUUGCGCGUGCGCUGAGCCUCGCGCCUGCGUGCCAGCAGGACCUAGCUCUUAUUGUCAGGUUCGUCGGUUUGACAUCGCAAUCAAGCAGUUCUCAUUUGCUGCUCAAGUCUAUAGUGGACCAGUGCAAUGUCUUGCACACAGGCACCGUAUACAGAGGCAGAAAUGAUGUGUCGUCGCUGUCGCUUGCGCUGGCGCGGCUGCUGAGCGCGCUGGGGCGGACGAGGCCGGUGCUGCUGGCGGUGGUCGGCGCGGACGCGCUGCGCGGCGUGCGGUGGCUGCCGUCCCGGCUGCCCGAUAACGUCAAGAUGAUCGUCACUGUCACUGAAGAGACAGACGAGCCUUCCAGCUCAGCAAUAAUGGCAGUACUAUCAUCAGAAGACGGUCCGAAAGUAGUCCGAGCGCCGCCGGUCGGUGCUGAGGAGGCUAAGGCGGUGUUGUAUGCGUGUGCGGCCACGUACAGCAAAACUGGAGCGGCGUCUCCACCCGAGACAGCUGUUAAAGCUGUGCAGAAAUGCACCUUACCGCUUUACGCUAAGAUCCUAGCGUGGCAGAUAUCCCUCUCAGCCGAAACCUUCACAGAACAGUCGGAGCCUGAAACGACUCCAGAUCUAGUCAUCUGCGAAGACCUGGACAGCCAGAUCAUCCAGAUUCUAGUGACCACGGAGCAGGCCCUGGGCGUGGACAGAGUGAAAACUUGUCUCGCCUUUUUGACAGCUUCCCGAAGGGGGUUAGACGAUACCGAGAUUUUGGACAUGCUCGCGCAUGAAGAACAGUUUAGAAGUGAAGAAACAUAUUUGCCCUGGGCCCCAGCGUCACUAUUCUGGCCGCAACUGGCCGCGUUACUAUCCCCGUGGUUGCGUUGGGAUUCCCGCGGCGCCGCCAGAUGGCGCGACGCUGCGUUAGCCGGCGCAGCCCGUGACAGGUACCUAGCGGACUGCGAACAUGAGGUCAGGCGCACGUUGUUGGAUUAUUACGAGGGUGUUUGGUACAAGGAAAAUGAUCCAAAAAUGGCUGGUCGGUUGAUAUCACAAGAGAACAAAUUUUCUGAGGAAUGCUAUAACACUAGGAAACUAGAUGAAAUGCCAUAUCAACAUUAUCAUAUAUACAAAGACGAACCAGAAACUUUUGCCAAACAAAUAUAUUUCACUCAGUUAGACUGGGUAUACGACAAAUUAGCUGCAACUGAUUGCAGUCAUUUCUUAGAAGAUCUAGACCUAAUACAUUUAGACCCAUUGCCGGAACACAUAGAAAUACUGAAAGAAGUAUUCGAAGUUCAUACUUACGCUUUAGAUUAUGACCAUAGACAAUUUUUUGGACUUUUAAGAACGACUAUGGAGAAACGACAAAGAGAAGGUGUAGAAAUUAAAAGUAAAAUAGUACAAGACUGGAUGAAAAUAAUUCACGAGCCGAGUAUUCCGACGUUUUAUCCGUUGAAUGAGGAUUUCCAUAAAAUUGUUGAGAAUAAAGAGAAAAGAGAUUCGUCUAUGGUUGAAGGGUUUGACAGUAAGACGUACGAUUUGAUCGUGAGGUUCGACACGAGAGGCAAGUUUGUAGCUACUGUGUCUACUGAAAGAGAGGAGAUAUGUGUUUGGGAUGUCACGAGGUGUCAACUUGUGAGAAAGCUUGUUGGUGUCACCCAUCCGAUAAACUUAGUUCCUAUUGACGAAUACCGCUGUGUGGUGCUGUGUCGACGGGAACUGAGGGUUUAUGACUUAGAACAGGGCAAGUUCCUAGUAGCACUUAAAGGCGUGAUGAAUCAGAAGAUGCCGUAUUACGGCCUCCACGACAGCAAGCACCUAGUGGCCCUGUCUCGCAACAGGAUGUACGUCAACUUGAUGAACAUCGAGAGCGGAGAUUGCGUCACGACUUUCAAGGCGGGGGAGGACCGGUUCCUCAACUCCCUUCUCGUCUCUGGCGAUGGCAGGAUACUGGUGUGCGGAGACGAGACACAGAAGCCGUUCCCUCUACUCGUAUGGUCGCUAACUUCCCGUAAACUGCUGUACGACCUCAGGAUACCCCAUCACGACUUCGUCACGUCCAAAGCUGCUAUCACUUAUGAAGGUUCGUACGUGUGCGUGGUGUCCCGCGAGCUGGACGAGCUGAGCCCCAACUUCAUUGUGGUUUACGACCUGCAGUCGGGCACCCUGUUCAAGAAGUGGAAGCCUGGUUGUGACACUGUGGCUCUGGCCAUCAGCUCAGUAGACGGCUGCGUGGUCUCCGGACUGGCUGACACUAGGAUCUUGCUCUGGGAUUUGGUUACAGGUAACUGCCGGCUGACGCUGCGCGGGCACGUAGCGGCGCCGUCGCUGCUGCGGCUGGCCAAGUCGGGCGGCGUGUUGCUCUCCACCGACCACUCCUGCAAGGACCUCUCCGUCCGUCUGUGGGACCUGCACACUGGUAAAAUAAUAGCAGUAUACACGCCGCCCGAGCGCAUAACAUCGUGCGAAAUCCUCCUUGGAGGCUCCGUGCUGGCCAUGUCUUUGGAGAACUAUAAAGAAAUCUUGUGCGUGAAACUGGAGGGUCCCUUAGUGGACUCUGUCAAGGCUGGUAGAGACUGCGAGUACGACGAGAAAGGUUAUGGAGACGAAACCAGCGACGGCAAGACAUUCGUCGUGAGAACCGAAGGCUGCUGAUAGUGGGAGAAAAAAAAUAGCUCGGUAAAGUUUUUAAAUUCCAUAGACACAGAUUUGACAUAUGAUGAGUAAUAAAUUUUCUAUUACAUAGGGCGAAGUACUGUGUGCGUAGUGGCGACUUUGUUAUUUACAUGUUACCCUUUCGUCGAUUCGAAUAGUGAUGCAGCGAUCACAUUGCCCCAUUGAACCCGCACAAAUCCUCUUGUUCAAAUCCUCACUUCUCACUAUCGAGUUUGAGAUUCGAAUUGACGCAGCGAACCAAUAACAUUGCGGUGUGGUUGUCGUUGCAUAACUGGCGGAAUGUGAUUGGUUAGUUGCUCACUGCGAAUCGUGUCCGUGGUGAGAUGUAAAUAGCAAACUCGCACUACGCACACAGUUUAACGAAAUUGUCGUCGUUUUUGUGUAGGCCAUAUUCGACUUAUAAAAAUUGUUUGUCCAAUAUGAUUUGCUAUCUCUUUCGUUACGUUACAUAAAAUAAAAGACGGUAUUAAAAUUGGACAAAGAUUUUUUUAAGUGAAAUGGCACCCUAAGAUCUAUCGUCCAAUGUUGAUUUUUUUUUUAAUUUUCUUUAGACUUGAGCCAUUUUCGCACAAAGGGAAAUGUGUGUGUAUUUUAAUGAACGAAUAAGUACAUGUCACUUGCAGUCAAUAUUUUUCUAAGUGCUGGCUAAUUAAUGCACGCCUGAAUGCGUUUAAAACAAUUUAUUACACGAAUAAUUAUCAUUUUAAAAAUAACUGUGCUGUCGUUAUUUAUGAUGAUGAUAAAAAAAUAAACUAAAAUGAAGCAAUUUCCCAGUGGCUUAAAACCGCCCAAUGAGAGAAUGAAAAAAAAAAAGAAAUUAUGAAAAAAAAAACAUUAAUGUUUUUGAUCUAUUACGCUUAUUAAUUACAUUAUGAAAUUAAUUGUAUUUAGUGAAUUCUCUUUGUAAUGUUGAUGUUUAGACGAAUAUAGAUGGUGAAUAUUAGGUCUAAGGAUGUGUAAGUCAAUUCACGUUUAUUUUGCGAUAACCUUUCUUUGUUAUUUAUAUAUAGUCGCUUCGUCUUUUGCUGGUCCUCAAAAGAACGUUAUGUAACCAUAGACUAAUUCUGUAUUUUGACGCCAAACCUACUAUAAUUAAGAUACGCGUUUCCAGAUUUAAAAUUAUUAAUUCUAUCUAACAACUGCUUGUACUUAAUUUAUUAUUAUUAAUUACUUACAAAUGUAUGAUCGGAAUAUAUUGAAUUUCUUUAUGCACGCGAGAUUAAUGCAUUUUUUAAAUAGCAAUAACGCGUUCCAUGUUCACGCAUAUUUUUCAAAUUGCUUGAUGAUUGGCUUCGUUCGCUUAAUUUCUGUGUUGAAAUAAGUAAAAUCAUUAUUUGAAAUGAUAAUAUAAACAAAAGCAAUAAAAUGAUCACCUCUAAAAAGUACUUACUCGGUUGGAAUUGAAACUAAAAUCGUAGUUCAUUUCAUUUGCCGAUUCCCGCCAUAUUUGUGUUGUAUUGCCAUAAUAAAUAAAGUUACCAUUUUAGUAGUUAUCGGCCGAUUUAGUGUCCAUAUUUCACUAAAUACGUCCACGGGCACUCAACCAGACAAAAAGUGUAAUUAUUUGUACUGACGCAAUGUCUGUCAGUAUGUCUGUAAAUGAUGCUGGUUCAUCGAGAAAAAAUAUAUAUCUAUAUUAUACUUGUAAGGUCACGAUUAUUAUUUAUCAUUGUGUUUGCUGGAGUUGGUGGUAACUGUCUGAUAUUUUAUAUAUUAAUUUCCACCAAAUAUACAUAAACUACGUACUUUUAACUUAUUAUGAGGGUAAUGCAAGGUAAAUCGCUCUCUUACAGUAUAUACCUACGUACUUGAAAUGAAAUAAUUUAUUUUGCUUUUUGUGUAUUGUAUAUUUUCUAGACAGUUACUGAUAACCACUCCAUAAAAAGCGUUGUAUGUUCUAAAAUAGCAUAGUCAAAUCAAAUAUAUAUUAUAUACUUACCUCUAUAUAAAGCACUUAUUACGUGUAUAUUGUUUCGCGUUGAAACUAUCGAUAUUAACAACCUAAGUACAUAAUUAAUUUAUGUUGUACUCAAUUACGUACAACUAUUUUUGAAUUAUUUUUAUUCAUGUGACAUUUAUCUAUAUAAAAGAAACUGUUUUAUAUUUGAAUAUUACAUGCACUGUACAUAACAUAAUCAUUAUCUUCCUUAUUAUUACCUAUUUUUUGGGUCUGUACAAAUUUUAUCUCCAUAAGCCUAUAUUUCCUGUCAAACUCGCGUUCACUACUAACUUCUUCAUAUCUUCCCUCACACAGUCCAUCUAUUUCUUUCCUGAUCUCUUUCUACUUCUCUAACCAUUAACCUUCAUAUAUGUAUUGUACAUAACAUAUAUAUUAUAAUAAUUACUUCACUUACAUUACAUAUUCAACUUCAAGCACAUUUAGAUCACAAUAGUAUAUAUUUACGGGAAGGAUCUGGCAAUAUCAACGCCCAUUUUUGACUUGUUCAGUCAAAAAUGCAGCUGCAAGCAGUAAAAUUAGUUUUUAAGAAACUCGGAAAAAUGUUCAGUUGCGUUUCAAUAAUCAACUUCUGUCUGUCUGACAACUGUCUGAUUCCGUGGUAGUAUUUUUAUAUGAUUAGGAAAAUAAUAUUCGAUACUACCAAUAGCACCAAUGAGAAGUGACUAGGGGAAGAAAUAAAUAAAUAUACUUUAAAAAAUUGUAACUUACACAGACAUGAUACAGUUUUCCGAGUAUCUCAGAACAUAGUUCUUACAGAGUUAUACACGCAAAGCAAAUACAUAAAGGAAAUGCCUUGUCACCAAUUCUCUGACAAAAAUUGUGUGACUAUACGCGGGGCUAAGGUAGAUAUGUGGGGAAGCGGUUUUGUCGUCUUCCUUCGUCGCCUUUACGUGACGUCGUGCGCCUAUAAUUGUAGCUGUGCACAAGUUUAUAUACCGGAUCCUUCUAGCUAUAAUUUGGCCCGUUAUUAUAUAAAUGUGUCUUGAGCCAACCUCACUAAGACUGUCCCAUUUGUUUUACUGCCAUUUUGUACUUUCUAAAUAUAACCUAGGAUAACGUUUAAUACAGCACAAUAGUCACUAUUGCACAAUAUGCUACAAAUUGUGAUGCUAUGUGAACUAUAAGACCAAAGCAAUCUAUUUAUAAUAAUAAAAAAUAUAGUUUUAAUUACUGUUUUAUCGCUCUUGUAAUCUAUCUUUGGUAGGAUUUUAUUUUGUGUAAGAUUUGAAAACGACAAAUGCAAUGCCCUUAUAAAUGUAUAGAAAAAACUCGUAUAAUCUGAUUUUAUGUUAUACUACCUAAUUAGAAUUAUUUACUGAUCCUUAUUGUCUUUUAUAUAUAUUUCUUUUUUCACGUAACUUGUUGCCAUAAUUAAUGUCUAACUAUCCAAUAAAUUGUAUUUUUUUACUAUUUCUGUGUCACAAUAUAAUAUUAAAAGACAAAAUCGUUGUGUUCCCUGAAAUGUACAGUUUAAUUUUUUUUAUUGUUAAGUAUUUCAAUAGAUGUAUAAGUGAUCUUCUUGGACUCGUAUGUAUAGAAACUUUAUCGCAUACAAUGUGUAUGUACCUACGCCCAAUUUUAAAUAGUUAUUGUAGUGUUGGAAAAUGACUCAUAAUAUUCAAAUUAAAUAUUCGGAUUAUUUAAAUAAUUAAUAUUUACUAUAAUGGGAGAUUUAUGUUAUUGUGUGGGCAACCCUAACUAUAAAAAUUAUGACCAAAUUAAUUGUUAACAUUACUCUGUAUUUUAAACAAAAUGAAUUUAGGAGUCAUUUUUAUACAUACCUAUUAUUUGUAUUAAAAUACGUUUCAAAUUUGGCUAACUAUAUUUAAAGCCGUUAGUAUGUACGCACUAAUCUUCGGAACUAUCGGUAUGAUUUACAAGAAUUAUUCUGUGACAUUAUGACUGAUUUUAUCCAAACCCCUGAUUUUAUCUAAAACCACGCGCGUGAACUCUGAGGGCAUAACUAGUAGUAGUGCCAUAAGGUUCAAAUUUGAAACGUAAUUUUGCUAAGAUCAUUCAAGUUAUGAAACAAAGUCGAAGUUGUCGACAACAAAACGAAGCUUUUCUUGUCUGUCCAUUAGAGAUGUAAUUUAUCCACUGUAGCACACGCAGCCCUAACAAUGUCGACGGUCAUCACCAUAAGGUCGUCACAGUGUGGUAGACGUCUAUAAAGUUUGUUUGUCCGAUUUCAUUUAAGUAUACCCAUAGAUAAAUCGUGGUGUUCAUAAAAAAGUUGAAGCAUAUUUUAACUAAAGCAUUUUUGUCGAUUUCAAAUAUCAUAAGUGUGACAUAUUGUAGCUUAACGUAUGCUUUAACUUUUUUAUGGGGAUGCAUGUUAUUAUUUGGCGACAGGCAAGUUUACAAAAUGAAUGAUCUUUAUUAUAUAAAUAUAUAUGUUAGUAGUUGACAGGCUGGUUCCUGUUACCUGAUAUGCUAUAUGGAGAAUAAUUUGAAAGUAAAGUUUAAGUACCUAAUGUAAAAUUAUCAGUAAGAAGGCAGUGUAAUCAAUUGACAACUGUUAAAAAUUAUUUAUGUAUUCUGAAAAGUUACGUAAUUACUUGAUGUCCUGAUUAAAUUAUUGAAAAAUU